UAGGCGGAUGUGACGUUACAGAGUGAAAAGGGAAUGCGGACUUCCGGUUGUGUGCGGUGCGUCCACGUGGGGUUGAGCCGCGCGUGCAAGGGGCUACCGAGAUGGAGCCGCUGGACCGCGUCUUAAAGCCUAAAACUAAAAGGGCAAAACGAUUUCUUGAGAAGAGAGAGCCAAAGCUUACUGAAAAUACGAAAAAUGCCAUGCUCAUAAAAGGCGGAAAUGCAAACUUAACUGUGACUGGAGUGCUUAAAGACAUUUAUGCCCUGAAAAAGCCCUUUGCUGUCCUAUAUAAAAAAAAAAAUAUUACCAGACCUUUUGAGGAUCAAACGUCAUUGGAAUUUUUUUCCAAGAAGUCAGAUUGUUCUUUGUUUAUGUUUGGUUCGCAUAACAAGAAGAGGCCUAACAACUUAAUAAUAGGUUGCAUGUUUGAUUAUCACGUCCUAGAUAUGAUUGAGCUAGGCAUUGAGAAGUUUGUCUCUUUAAAAGAGAUUAAGAACAGCAAGUGUCCUGAAGGAACAAAACCCAUGUUAAUAUUUGCUGGUGAUAUGUUUGACUUAAGUGAGGAGUACAGAAGAUUAAAAAGCCUUCUCAUUGACUUCUUCAAGGGUCCUACUGUGCCCUAUGUUCGCCUGGCUGGAUUAGAACAUGUUCUGCAUUUCACAGCAAUGGAUGGGAAAAUUUACAUGCGAAGCUAUAAAGUAUUACUGAAGAAAUCAGGCUGUAAAAUACCAAGGAUUGAAUUAGAAGACAUGGGACCUUCAUUAGAUUUGGUGAUGAGGAGGACACAUUUGGCUUCAGAUGACCUUUAUAAGUUAUCUUUAAAACAGCCUAAGGCACUCAAGCCAAAGAAGAAGAAAAAUAUCUCCCGUGAUGUCUUUGGUACAACCUAUGGUCGAAUCCAUAUGAAGAAACAGGAUCUUGGUAAAUUACAGACCAGGAAAAUGAAAGGGUUAAGGAAGAGGCCAGCAGAACGGAUGACUGGAGAUGGUGAAAGGAUUAGUCCAAAGAAAACAAAAUCAGUUUGAUAGAAUGGAAUAAUUCUGGGGACUUUUGCGACCAUCAGUUCUCACUGUAUUUCUCACAAAGUAUAUGGCAGAGACGGACCUUUCUGCUGCUAUUUUUUUUAAAAGCCAUGUAAAUAUUUUUUUAAUGCAACUUCAUAUACAAAUGGAUGUGUGGUCUCAGGCUUUAAUAUAAGACCAGCGUAUUAAAAAGGAAGUAAUCUGACAUGAUUUAUCAGGUUUCAGAAAACUGAAUAAAUGUAUCUGGUGACAUCAUCAGAAGAGAGAAUUCAGUUAUCUAGUAACAGGCAGCAUUGUGGGGUUCUUAUCCCUGGGACACAGGUUGAAUUAGGCUCAUCACAUAAACUCUAUUCUGGAAUUAAGCGUAAAUAAUUUUCUCAUUGACUUACACUUUCAUCUUAUGUUGUUUAUUUAGACUCCCAGAUAACUUGGAGUACCUCUCUCUCUCUAACUUAAUAAACAAAGUUGUCUUCAA